UGAGAGAUAACGCCAUCCAUGCCGUGCCAAAAGACUCCAAAACCUUUGCCUCCUGAUCCAAAAAGUAUCGUACAUCCCUUUCUGAAGCAUGUGUCAGAUCGUCCCACGCCUAUCCCUGCUAAACGCCGGGAACUUCUCCAACAAACUCUUCGACGAGGCAACCCUCUGCAACCCCGUCAUCGUCGGACUCAUCGUCCUCCUCCUCUCCCUCUCCUCCUCCUUCGUCCUCCCGAAAAUACUACCCCUUCGCGAACUCCCCGCACUCGACCCCGGACUCGUCUUCUCAUGCUCCAUCCCAUCGGCUUUGACGACCCAGAUCGCCUGGUCAUCCAGAUUCUCGCUCAAUUCGAGACCGGAGCCGAACCAUUUCCAGCGAACGUAUUUUCCGGAGCGAGUUUUAAGGAACAUGCGGUCGCCUUCGACGAUGGGGCGUUCACAGUGGCGGUAGGGUUCGUCGACAUGGAUGAUGCGGAAGAUGGUGUGGUAGUUGUCGUGGCUCGGCAAAAGAAUGUCCUCUUCCGCCGGAUGCUUGAUUUGCACGCAAUCCCCGAAUUUGAUAGUGGAGGGUGGGUGGAAAGAUGUCGUGGGCGAGUUAGGCGGGGUUGGGUUCAGGUGGAUCGGGACGGGCAGGAGUAAGAGUGAUUCAGUUGGGUUGCG